AUGUCCUCUGCUCCAUCGUUGCUACCUCUACCUCUACCUGUACCCUCCGGUGCCCAGCAGCAGACUACUCGCCAAUCCGGAUUCAUCGUCGAGGGACCAUCGCCAUCUGAUUCGGAUUCGGAUUUUGAUAUUGAUUCUGUAGUGGUAGACCCAGUCGCGGAAGCCAUGUCCACAAAGACAGCCCGUGCGACCAUGGUCCCGGAUAUUUUCACCCAGCUUCCGCCAUGCAGGGACCUUCACAUCACAGAAAGCUCCCAAGUGCAGGACGAGACGGUGCAAGAGGUCCUUCCUUUCCUGUCAGGGCAGAACUCGGAUGUGGAAACCAACGAGCACGGGGUACCACGACUCGCCCGAGACCGUCACAUUAGUUUUCUUCAUAAGAGCCUGGGAAGGCUACCUUCUGGCUAUGUUGCCGCCGAUGCCAGCCGGCCUUGGAUGUUCUACUGGGCUCUUAACGGCCUAGCCACGCUCGGAGAAGAUGUAUCAGAAUACAGACAGAGAGUCAUCAAUACCGUGAGGCCAAUUCAGAAUGCAACCGGUGGUUUUGGUGGCGGCAAUGGGCAAAUGUCGCAUCUUGCCCCCACAUACGCGAUCCUCCUGUCCUUGGCCAUUGUGGGGGAAUCCGAGUCUAUGGAACUUAUUGACCGGAAGAGCAUGUGGAAGUGGCUCAGUAUUUUGAAACAACCUAGUGGAGGCUUCCAAAUGUCGGUUGGUGGCGAGGAGGAUGUUCGAGGAGCAUACAUUGCUGCCGUGAUCAUUGUCCUGCUCGACUUGCCGCUAGAACUGCACCCUGACUCUCCUGCAUGGACGAAGGAUGGGGCCACUCUUCUUACAGGUCUCCCGGAAUGGAUCUCAAGAUGUCAAACCUUUGAGGGGGGCAUGUCGGCCCGGCCAGACGUGGAAGCCCAUGGAGCUUAUGCGUUCUGUGCUCUGGCUUGCCUUAGCAUCCUCGGUGAUCCUCAAGACAUCAUACCCAAAUACUUAGAUGUACCCUUGUUGAUCUCGUGGCUUUCUGCACGUCAAUACGCACCCGAUAGCGGCUUCUCCGGCAGAACGAAUAAGCUAGUCGAUGGUUGCUACAGCCACUGGGUUGGAGGAUGCUGGCCUCUUCUCGAGGCAUGUCUCAACGGCAAUGCUUCGAAUCCAGAGUCCCGACUUGUUUCAAUCACAAGUGAUGGGAAGCUAUUCAGCAGAGAAGGGCUGAUCAGGUAUAUUCUGUGUUGCUGCCAAGAUCAAACAAAAAGGGGAGGAUUGAGAGACAAACCAAGCCACUCAUCGGACUCGUACCAUACUUGCUAUGUUCUUGCCGGCCUUACAUCUGCGCAGAACAACUGGUACUUCGAUGCCUCAGCAUCUGGAUCUAGCGGUUUUCUCUCCUCGGCUUUCCAGUGGACCUCCGAGCCGAUCAUCGACGAUUCCCAAAUCUUUGACGAGGAAGAUAGGAUCGGAACUCUUCAUCCCGUGUUCGUCAUACCUCAAGGUACCGCGGAAGAGAUGAGAGCUUAUUUCACCUCGAGAGGAGGCUUCUAG